GUUCCAUGCUUCAAAUUUUUGAGGUUAGAUUUUUGUUUACACAAAGCUUUUGCUUUCAAACAUUUUUGUUGUUUUGUUGUAAUUUUAAUUUAUGAUAAAAACAAUGAAGGAUAAAUCACAAGAAAAAACUAAACCAGCUGUAAAAGAGGAACUUUCUAAUGUCGAGGAUGAGUCCGGCGAUGAAGCGGAUGAGACUUCAAGUGUUGGCAGCACUUCAACAACAGAUAAUACGUCAAGGAGUGCAACUCCAACCAAUAGGUUAAGAAAAGGCAGGCGCGGUAAAAAACGCUUCAGUACUACACCCAAAGUUUUGAAGCCCAUUUAUAAAUUUUCGUGCAGUAUCAAAGAAGAUCAUGGCCAACCAUUAUUUGGUGCACAGUUCAAUCACAACCUGAAACAAGGCCAACCUUUCGUUUUUGCUGCUGUCGGAAGUAACCGCGUCACGAUUUACGAGUGUCCCGAGGGAAAUGGUAUCAAGCUGUUGCAGUGCUAUGCUGAUCCAGAUUUGGACGAAAAUUUCUACACCUGCGCCUGGUCGUACGAAGAAGACCUAGGUAAACCCCUAUUGGCCGUAGCUGGGUCGAGGGGCGUGAUAAGGAUCCUCAGCCCCGCAACAAUGUCUUGCGUCCGACAUUACAUAGGCCACGGUCACGCCAUAAACGAGCUCAAGUUCCAUCCGAAAGACCCGAACUUGCUUCUGUCCGUCUCCAAAGACCACUCGUUGAGAUUGUGGAACAUAAAAACGGAUAUUUGUAUCGCGAUCUUCGGCGGGGUUGAGGGACACAGAGACGAGGUACUUAGUGCGGAUUUUGACAUAUUGGGAACGAAGAUCAUGUCGUGCGGUAUGGACCAUUCUUUGAAACUUUGGCGGCUGGAUAAGGAAAGUAUGAAGGAAGCUAUAAGGCAAUCGUACAGUUGGAAUCCCAAUAGGAACACCAGGCCUUUUGAUUGUUUGAAGGAGAAUUUUCCGGAUUUUAGUACUAGGGACAUUCACAGAAACUAUGUGGACUGCGUGAGAUGGUUCGGCGAUUUCGUAUUUAGCAAAUCCUGCGAAAAUUGCAUAGUAUGUUGGAAACCCGGCCGGUUGGCAGACGACACUCUGCGGAAAGGAGAAACCACUUCUACCGUAAUACAUCGCUUCGAGUAUAAGGAAUGCGAAAUUUGGUUCAUCAGAUUCGCCAUGGACUUCUGGCAGAAGGUAAACAAAGUUAACAGCAACUCCAUUUUGCAGCGGGAAACGGAAUAAAAUGUUUUAUUGCUAUGAGUCACUUCUACCUUGCCGUUAAACAUCUCCUGUAGUGUGACAUACGAGGUCUGUGAAUUUAGUAAUAAGUCUGGCAACGUAGCGUUCGAUCUGGCAACGUAGCGUUCGAUCUGGCAACACUGGAGGCGCGGGGCUUGGAGGGGAGUUAGGGGAACAUGUGAUCCGUCUUCAGUACAAGUUUGAACUCGCUCGUGUCAUUUGGUUGUCCGUAGUGGUGUUUUUUGUGCAACAUUCUUUCUAUUGUGAGUGACAUCAAUUUCAAGCAACGGUAUGUUUCAAGACUUGGGCGCAAUGCAAUGGACACUCUUGCUAAGCUUCAGCAGGCCUUCCGAGAUAGUGUUUUGUCAAGAGCCCAUGUUUUUUGGUGGUUUAAGGCAUUUUCAGAAAGGAAAGAGUCGUGACACCGAAGAUCGCAACCACGUCGUGAAUCUCCUGAGCGUAGCAAAGGACGUCUCUGCGGAAAAGAAUGGCGACUAUGGAGAACGAUGGCUCAAAGAUCAACGUUUCCAAUGGUGAAUGCGUUUUUGCAAAUAAAAAAUUCCUCGUACCUGAUAAAAAUGUGGAAACCUUAUUUUUUAAACAACCCUCGUAUUUUGCCAUUAAUCCAAGUCAUCCUCUCCUACCAGAUAUUUUCCUUUCAGAUACUGGCACUAGGAAACCAAACAGGCAAAGUAUUCGUUUGGGAACUAGACGUCGCUGAUCCAGCUCAAGCAAAGUCCUACACUCUGCAACAUCCGCGUUGCACCACCGCUAUUAGGCAGACGUCACUAAGCAGGGAUGCCAACAUUCUGAUCUGCGUAUGUGAUGACGGCACUGUUUGGAGGUGGGACAGGAUUGUCUAAUUUUGUAACGUGAUUAAUAAAAAAUUGAUUGGAUUGUCUGAUUUUGUAACGUGAUUAAUAAAAAGUUGGAUGGAUCAUUUUGGAAAA